AUGAAUCCCGCAGUACCGACGGAUAUGUCGGGGAUGGAUGCCUUGGGUUUGCAUUCGUCAAACCCAGGUUUAUCAAAAGCAUCUCAUGCUCACCCUUAUGCCUCCUCUAUCUCCUCCUCCGCCUCGUCUUCUUCCUCUUCCGUUUUCUCGCUCGACGCCUCCCAGAGUUCCAUCUCUUCCACCGCGACCAACCCCGUCGAUGUGAUUUGGGAAAAUGAAGGAGAAAGUCACUUGGCUGGGAGAUCUAUGGGAUGUCCCCGCGCCUUUGCAAAGGGAGUUCCUGCCAAAGAUGCCGCCGUACCUCCUGAGAUGCGGAUGCAUCCCCGGCGCACUCAUAAUGUUGCGGCCAGUGGUCCUGCUGCCGCACGCCCGCCACCAUGCUUGCUUCGCCAGUCCGAGCGGAAGGUAAACUUCGUGGAUAACCUUGUCGACACAGCAUCUCAAAUCGUUGAGAAUAUCUGGCCGUUGUCCGCCACGGCAUCCCGCAGCGAUGCCGCGACCGGAUCGAAAGGAGUCCUUCCUCUUCGAACAUUUAUCCAAGAAACUUUGAGACGCUCGCGUACCAGCUACAGCACUCUGCAGGUGGCAUUAUAUUAUCUCAUUAAGAUCAAGCAGCAUGUGCCCGCUCAUGAUUUCACAAAGGAACAACCUCGUGAUCAGUCGAUGAUGCGAGCCAUGCAGUGUGGUCGCCGUAUGUUUCUUGCUGCGUUGAUUUUGGCCUCAAAGUACCUGCAAGAUCGUAACUACUCCGCCCGGGCCUGGAGCAAAAUCUCCGGUCUGAACACACUGGAAAUCAACCAGAAUGAGUUGAUGUUUCUCCAGGCGGUUGGUUGGCGUUUGCAUAUCUCCGAGGCUACAUUUCAGCGUUGGACUGACCUUGUUCUCAAGCUAACCCCCGGCGCCGGUGGUCCUCCCGUCAGUGAGGGCCUGUGUUGGCGAACCGUCCUGCCUCGUUUGACCCCCGAGCUAGAGUCGGUCGAGCCGGAGCAGCCUAUGACCCCUGUUUCCGCCAUGAGUGGGAUGGACUUGGGAUUAGUAGAAUCCCCGCCGCCGCGUAGUGUACCCAGCAUUGAGUACCUCCGUUCGACUUCACACGAACAGACGCCGACAUGUCCUUCAACUCUUCCCCGGACUCUGGAGCCGACCCCACGCAUGGAUUAUGCGAUGAAUCUGUCGAUGCCGGCGAUUCCGCGUCCUUCCAUGCUGCCUACUCCCCAGAUGACCCCCCAGUCCCAUGUUGCCAACGCUCCUGCUGCGAGCAUGGCGGCAUGCGGAAUCCGCCGUCCUUCCAUUGGUACAGCGAUGUCUCAGGCACAGAACAUGGGUAUGGCGCGCUCGACACUUGAUCAGCGCCCUCCUCUCUCGUUCUACGCUCGGACUCACUCUUAUGAUGGAUACCCGGCGGUGGUUCGUCGUUCAUCUUUGGCUCGAUCCACUUCGUCCGCCUCAUCACCGGAUUCUAUGGUGUCGGAUGUGUCGACUUUAUCGUCUCGAUCUUCACGAUCUUCAUCCGUUUCAUCAAAUGCCUCGGGCGCAGGUGCUCCUGCACCUCCUCGACUGGCUGUCAAGGCCACUCUGCGAUGCUCCAACAAUGCUUUGAAGGAAAGUCGCAAGACCUUGGCUAUUGCUUCUCCAAUCGAUGAGAGCUCUCUUGUGGAUCUAUACAGCUCUCCGGAUUCCUACCCGGGCACAACAGGUUCUGUCCCAGACCUCUCUAAUUACUCGUUGGAUUCCAGUUUGAGCGAGGCCGCGCAAAGUCUCUGUGAACUUUCUGGUGCUACCCCAGAACGGCGUCAUAGCCGUAAACGCGGUCGUACCGGAUCAGACGACAUGCUACUUCAGAGCCAUGUCCGCCAUCUGAUUGAUGCUGGCGCCUCUGGUGUUCCUGGUACAUCCAUGGUCCUUCCAGACGGACACCUCGCUCGUUCAUUUAUGGUCGGUGAUGGAUCCUCCCUCUCCGGACCGGCGGGCAUGAAACGCGCUUGCUGUGGCAGUGAAGCCCACAAGGUCGCGUUGAACCCAAGUAUACGCGCAGACUUUCUGAACUGA